AAUGUUAGUUUUCAGAUUGUUGCAUAUUGGCACAAUCUGUAACAAUUCAUUGUAUGAAUGCAUAUUCUCUUUAGUAUUCUUAGUUUUUGAAAAUUUAUUAACUACACAAAUACCUUUUUCCAAUUAUGUUCUAUAAUAAUAAUUAUUCCCCUUAAAGAUGUUAAAAGCACCGUAAUGUGUGUAUGACUCUGUGUCUUUAUCUGAUUUAUCGUUGUACACACUGCUGCUCGCGAAGCGAACCAUAAACAUGUCAGUCUGACUAAACUGGUCAACCAAUCGCAAUAGAAAAAAAGUCAAUUUGCUAAUAAACGUAAUUUUCUUUAAUCGGCUGAGGUUAAACUGAAUUGAUUCGAGAUUAUAGAAUUUAAUUCUUGAAUAGUAGUCACCACUCCACACCAGUCGUUUGCCUACCACCAAAACACGUCGAAGAAGAACUGAUUGCGGAAAUCAACCCGGAAGUAAAUAAACCAACGUGUCGGUGUAGAAAAAUGUCGACCAAUAGUGCAGAGAAAAGACCUGAACCUGCGUCCUCUCAGUUCGGGGACCAGAUUCCCUGGAAGAAAAGGAAAGCAGAACUAAAGGAAAAACACAAGCAGUGGAAAAAUGCUAAACUCAUCAAACGGUUGGAGAAACAGAAACAGCAAGAGACUGCAGAAAGAGCGGAGCAGGAGGAAAGCCAGAGUAAAAAAGGUCGAGCUUACACGGUGAGUGUGGCCCUUCCGGGCUCCAUCCUGGACAACGCUCAGUCCCCUGAGCUCCGGACGUACCUGGCGGGACAGAUCGCCCGAGCCUGCGUAGUGUUCAACGUCGACGAGAUCGUCGUGUUCGACGAGCAGGGGGAAGAUGUCAAGACUGUCAAAGGAGAAUUCAAAGGUGUUGGAAAGAAGGGCCAUGCAUGUAUUCAGCUUGCCAGAAUACUUCAGUACAUGGAGUGUCCGCAGUAUUUGCGCAAGUGGUUCUUCCCAGUGCACAAAGACUUACAAUAUGCAGGUUUGCUUAAUCCUCUGGACAGCCCUCACCACAUGAGGAUAGACGAAGAGUCAGCGUACCGGGAAGGAAGAGUCCUCAACAAGCCGCCAAAACAAGGAAAGGGUUCAUUGGUGAACUGUGGAAUGAGGAAGGACGUGCGGAUUGAUAAACAACUUCAGCCAGAUCUGCGAGUUACAGUGAAACUUACUAAGACACAGAAUCAAGAAAGCAGACUUUAUAAAGGCAUCGUCGUGGCGCCUCAUGUUCCCAGAACAGAAGGUGGUCUCUACUGGGGGUACUCGGUCCGCCUGGCAUCCUGCCUGAGUUCAGUUUUCACCGAGAGUCCUUUUAAAGAAGGGUAUGACCUGACAGUGGGCACCUCAGAGAGAGGCAGCAGCGUGGACCAAGUCACUCUGUCACCAUUCAAGCACCUUUUGGUGGUUUUUGGAGGUCUUCAGGGUUUGGAAGCCAGCCUGGAUGCAGACCAAAACCUGGAUGUGACCGACCCCAGCAUCUUGUUUGAUCUCUACCUUAACACAUGUCCAGAUCAGGGCAGCAGAACCAUCAGAACAGAGGAAGCUAUUCUAAUCUCCAUGGCGGCACUGAGACAGAAGAUCACAACUGCUUUUUCAGAAGAUUCCAGUAGUUUGUGAAAAAUACUGUAAACAUAUCUGUGUGUACCAAAUCCGUGAAUUACCUUCUGUAAAUAGACAUCAACUUAGUUGACCUGUCUGAA